CACCCACAUGGCUAUGGCUGGGGCAUGAUCUGGGGCUUGCAAGAUCUCAUAAUGCGCAAGGCCCGUGACAGGGAAUGAAUGGGGUCGACGAUAUCAUGAAACUCUACAUCUCGUUACAACCACUGCAGCAAAAGCUCGGCACGUAGCCGACCCGCGUUGAGAUGUUGGGCCAACUUUAGUGCCCUCCUUUCCACUCCAUCAAAAGUCUUGACGGCAACACGACAACCAUGCAGAAUACGAGACACCAAGGCUACCGUGGUCGGGUCCGGAGUGGCUGUCUGACUUGUCGAGCUCGGAAAGUCAAAUGUGACGAGGCCAAGCCCGUCUGUAAUAACUGCACAAGGUUACAACGUCAAUGCACAUACAAACCCCGGAGAGUCUUUCGGCAGACUGCCAGCGCCGACAACUCGCCACCAGGCCUACCAUCAUCAUUCCACUUUGAGGGUAUAACUCAAGCAUCCGAGGCACAUGAAUACACUCAGAUCCACUCAAGUCCUUCACUCACUGAAGACUACGAGGUCCAAGGGUCAUCAAAAGUGCUCUCAACUGAGAGCACGAAUCAAACCCCCUUUUUAUACGAAGGCAGGACUAAUGUAGAUGUCACUGCUUGUUUGCAAAAAGCUCUUCAAUACCGAAGUUCAGUUCCUAUCGUGGAUGACAACUCCUGCGAGCGCGAUGAGUCGCCAUUGAACUUGAUAUCACGAGAUAUUGAAUUGACUACUACACUCGAUAUUCUUACCCUGCGUACCCAGUCUCCUUAUAUGACAGACCUGUUCCUCGACGCAGUGGAAUGCCCCGGUGUCACGCCAUUCGAUCCUCUUAACUGGAAACUGGCAAAACAACAUAUCGUACACCUGGGAAGGUCAUGUCUGGCUAUUAGUUCCGGCAUCACAGCCGUCUCGACUUUAUGUAGUGGACAGGUCUUGGCCCUUUCCACGUCUGAAUCACUCUCUCACUAUCACUCCGCGAGGAAGAAUGUUGAAGAGCUCUUGGAAGAUGACGAUAAGGACUUUGACCUUGCCUUGGUGGCCGUCUUCUUGUUGUGUGUGUUUGAGUUGAUCCAUUCUGGAGAUAUCGCACCAUACCUAAGAGAACCAAGCUUGAUCUUCACCCGGAGGCUGCAGGCUUGGCCACAGGCUCAAUCUUCUCACUCGGAGCUUUCCACCCGUAUUGUUACAUGGUUGAAGAUUCUUUAUUCAGCCUCCUUUCGAGGUGGAGCAAUGGGCUUGCUAUCUGAAAGGGUAGUCAGUCUUCUCCCCAAUUUCAGUGGCCCAAUACCGAACCUCAAACCUCCCGUCGAAGAUAAGUCAGAAAUAUCCAAUCAUCUAUACGAGGUCUUAAGCGGCCCGAUCUUCGACUUCUACUGCCAACUUCAAACGCUAUCCGGAGAGAUUGCCAAACUCUCACUCUACCAUCGUUCACGCACGAAACGUAAAGAUCAGCAAGAGGUAGUCGAGCGUAUGGCAAGUUUAAAGUCCCGGCUUCGAGGUCUAUGGGAAAGACGGUGCGCCACGCAGCGUCAAUCCCCGGAGCAUUUACGCUCCCAGAUGGUUCCCCGGAUCGCAAACAUGAUUUCGAGUCUCAUUAGUAUUUGUGAGGCUGCAUAUCAUGCUGAGUUCAUUGAUAUAGGCAGACAACUAGGCGAUCCUGUGUCUCAGUCGCCAGAUUCGACAGACGCCUUGCACAGGAUUAAGAAGAUUUUGGAAAGCAACUGUAGUGGCGACGACGAGGGUAAACCAAGCGGUACCAAUCCUGCUUAUCUGAGACCAUUAUUUCUAUGUGCUAUAGAGAGCACAGACAAGGAGCAGACCGAUUGGGCUGUGGAGAAGCUUGCUGAGAUACAGAAUCGUGUCUAUCGAGGAGAGUUUUUCUCGGCGUUUGCGAAGGCACUUUCAGAGGCACAAACACGUAAUGACAGAAGGGUUACCUCGAGAUAUUUCUGUAUCUGGUACUUUGGAAUUACGCCACCAUUUCUAUAGGUAUAGUUCGGGCUGAGGAAGAUUUUUCAACUGUCAAAAGCUGAGAACCUGGAGCCCGAAGAUCUAGACCUAGAAUCUUGAUGUCCCCGGCAGCUUUUGUGAGAGCAAUCUUGGCCAGAUGCCUUCUGCAAGGACUAAGCAGCAAAGGCAAUUGAUGGUAUAACAAAUGAAAUUAAUCAGUUUGGCAGGAGGCGCGCAAAUUGGACGCUGUCAUACUCCAAAUAGUUUGUUUUAGCUUCUAGUAUUUAAGUUUAUAACUCUUAAUCAAUCAAUCUG